GGCAGCCACUAGCACGCACCAUCCAAACCGAGCCGCAAGCAUCAGCCUCUCCCUGUAGAGGAGAGGCCCUAAACCUUGAGCUCGUGGCCGCACAACAACCACCCAAGUCCCUCAUGGCCAUUUCGCACACCGUGGUUUUCGCCCGACCACAGCAACAGAAGGAACCUGUCCCUCCCUGGUGAGCCCUCGUGGGAGUCAGUGCCCGACUUCAUAGCUUCGGGACUUAACUGGAACAAUGGCAUGUUGGAGACCCAGUCUGGGCAGCAACCGGACGCUGCUCAUAUCCGAGCUGAUCCCCUGCUUCCCUCGGACCCGCCAGUUUCUACUUCUCUGACGGCAUCGUUCGGCCCAAUCGAAGAUACUGCCCUCUCGAGACUGUUCAGUCCAUUAAAUGCAUCGUCUACGGGGGCCGGAUUCAAUGGUAUGUCAUUUAUUGGUUGUUUUCCCCACCAAUGUGGUUGAAACUAUGACUGACCGGGUACCAGAUUAUCAUGAAACUCAUGGUGAUAACCACGUCUCCCACCAGGAUAGUGUAUCUCGGCAACAGAACCCCGGCCUAAUCAGUAACGAAACUCCACCGUCGAACACUACCGUGGCAGAGGCACUACCUGGUCAAGAAUACCCAUUACCCCCUGAAGUAUCCAACGUCGGUCGUUCUAAGCGCAAAGCUGGCACCCUGGAAGAGGACUCUAGCGAUGAGAAGGCCACGACGGCCAUCAAACGCCAGCGCAACACCAUGGCGGCGCGGAGGUACCGUCAGAAGGGACGUGAUCGCAUUGCUGAGCUGGAGUGUGCUUUGAGAGAUGUGGAGCAGGAGCGAGACGAGCUCAGGCUCCAGCUGGCGAGGAGAGAGGCUGAAGUGGCUGCUUUGAAGGAGAUGUUGAGGGGGUAGAUGGAGGUUCUUGGGGAAUGCCGAUUUAUGGAUUUGUUGUAGAUGUUUUAUUUUUUUUUUCUGUUGAAAUUGAGUGGCAUGUUUUCUUGGUUGGAGGCUUU